AUGACCUCAAUCAACUAUAUAGCCAAAGCUGCAAUGGCCCCCGAGGAUGCGAUCGGCACCAGGACCAAAAAAUUUGGCCAAGCACCCUGUGGUUGUUUGGCCAUCAGGUCUGGUCUUCAGGAUGCAUUGGGUCGCCGUGAGGAGACGUCGUGGAUAGUGGGGAGGAUACUCGGCAACGAUCAACCCGCCAUUGAGAAGGCGAAGAGUUGGGAUGCACGAGCUGGUGCUGUCUUGAACUUUGUGGUUUCUCAGCAAUUUGAGCUACUUGGAUGA